AUGGACCAAGUGUUCGGAUCAGCUGGAGUUUUCUUGUGCUCCAUGUACGCUCCGAUCUGCACGCUGGACUUUGUGAGUGAAGCCAUCCCGCCCUGUCGCAGCGUGUGUGAGGCCGCGCGAGAGGGAUGUGAGCCCCUGUUGGCCAAGUUUGACAUCCCGUGGCCGUCUGCCCUAGCCUGUGAAGCCUUGCCCUGGUACGACCGUAGCGUGUGUAUCACUCCCCAGGCCAUCAUCUCUGACGUGACGCCUCCACCUCCAAAAGAAGAAGCUCCAUGUCUGUGCCAGUCUCAGCGAGGACUUCGCAAGCGGCUUUAUCAGAAGGCUGGGUUCCACUACGCGGUGCGUGGGAUCGUAAAGAGCGUGGACACGUUUGGUGAACUGACCCUCACGACGGUAGCGGUGAAGGAGGUGGUGCGGGAAGGCCGGGUGAGGGUGGCGAUUGGUGAAGACGGACACUUGUGGACCAACCGAUCAUGCGUGUGCCCAUCACUUGACAUUGAUCAAGAGUACUUGAUGCUGGGGUGGGAGGAUUUCGCCAAUAGCUGCCUCCUGUUUCCUGAGGGCAGUCUCGCACUCCACUAUAGGAAGAAAUACGCCAGGAAAAUCAAGAAAUGGGAAGCUGAAGCCACCCCCACGCCUGUCCCCAGCACCAGCCCCGCUCACUAUGCCCCCACACCUGCCCGUAGCCAGGUCAGAAAUAUUUACAAAAGAAAAAAGAAGAAGAAACGAAGGAGAAGGAGGAGGAGGAGAAGGCGAAGAAGAAAGGGAAGACUCGCUGAAAGACGUGGGCAGGAGGAAAAGACAAGAGGGAGGUGACAAGAGGACCAUCAUGACCGCAGCCACUGAUCAUUGUUACAUUGCCGUCUGUCAACACUGCAGUUUAUAACUAUGUGAAAUCUAACAUACUGUAUAGUUUUCCUUCAUAUAUAGUCUAAAAAUCACACGUAUAUGCACCAUACGAGUAAUGAAACAAGUGAGUAAUGUACAACAGGCUCGUCUCUACUCAAUAUAGAUUCAGUUCCGCUUGUCGAGAAGUACCGAACUUAUUUUACGUGCGGUUCUGAAACACUUCUGCUCUAUAUCCUCACUAAAUUCAUGACUAUUCGAAGUUACAUAGGUUUGUAAGAGUGUUUUCAUGGUUCUAGUGAUAUUUUAAGUAAACUUCCACAUGAAUGAUAAGAGAAACAUUCUUGGAAACUUGGCAAAAUCUUGAGAAGCCAGCAAAUCAUCUCUGUGACCUUUGAGAAAAGUCGUGACGAGAGAGCAAAAGCGUUUUAGAAUACGUUCCGUACUGCGUUCAAUUAUGGAGGGUUAGGGGUUCAUGCUCAGUAACCUGAAUGAAUCGACUCAAUCACAGGAAAAGAAAAAGUAUUCUUCGAAUACCCAACUCAUAUGUUCCCAGUGUAAAUUUUAGCAAUAUCGUUUGUUGCUAGUGAUAGAACCACUGACGUCGUUUUCAAGGGUGUUUGUAUGAUUCCGGUGAUAAGUUUUGUCACGACUGCAUCAUCAAAGAAAAACACCCAUGACAAUUCUCCUUCUCAUCCUCCUGGGUCUUAUACGUACAGUACACGUGUGUAGUUGCUUUAUAUUAGCACUGUUAAUAAAAGUUUUACUAGAA